AUGACUGCGACAAAGGCCCAGUCGCAGAAAAUCUUCGAGAAACUCAAGUCCAAGCCUGCCAACAAGAUAUGUUUUGAUUGCGGUCAAAAGAACCCGACAUGGUCGUCUGUGCCAUUCGGAGUCUACCUUUGUCUCGACUGUUCCUCGAACCACCGGAAUCUCGGUGUCCAUAUCUCGUUUGUCCGAUCGACCAAUCUGGACGUAUGGCAAUGGAGCCAGCUACGGACAAUGAAAGUCGGAGGCAAUGAGUCGGCCACGAAAUUCUUCCAAUCCAACGGUGGAAGUGCGGCACUGGCCAGCAAAGAUGCCAAAGUCAAAUAUACCUCCAACGCGGCCAAUAAAUACAAGGAAGAGCUGAAGCGUAGAGCAGCCCGAGACGCCGAAGAAUAUCCAGAUGAAGUUGUCAUCACAGACGAGAGCGCAUCCACCCCUGCCGACGGCACUUCGACGCCAGCAGGCGAACCGGCCGACGACUUCUUUUCGUCCUGGGAUAAGCCCACGAUUAAAAGGCCGAGCAAUCCUCCAUCCCGCAGCGCCACGCCUCCGGUCGUUUCUCGCACAGCGUCCCCCUUCCUUUCUGCUGGCAACACCACCACGAACGGAUCCGCUUCUUCACGGCCUAAGUCGCCGUCGCCGCUCGCCGCUGCAGCCAAGGAUGCAGAAAACGCCCUUCCCGCCCCGACCGCCAUCCGCACGACCUCGUCAUCCGCAAUCCGCAAAGGCCCGUCUGCGGGCGGUGUCGGAGCGAGAAAAACCAACGUGCUAGGAGCGAAAAAGACCCAGAAACUAGGUGCUAAGAAGGUCGUGGGUGACGAAAUUGACUUUGAAGCCGCCGAAAAGGCCGCAAAGGCCGAAGCCGAGAGGAUAGAGAAAUUGGGUUAUGACCCGGAAGCGGAAAAGGCUGCAGACCUAGCAGCAAAGAACAAAUCCUCGACAAAAGAAACUCCAGCCGCCGCGACAACAGUGACUCCCCAGGCCAGACCUGUAUCUACUUCUACACACACCCGAAGUCCCAGCGAGCUUGAGCGGUUGGGCAUGGGCGUGGCAAGAUUGGGAUUCGGCCAGGUUGGCGCCAACAAGGCGGCUUCCACAUCCACGGCACCGGCCCCUAAGAAGCUAGGAUUUGGCAGUGUUGGCGCAAGCAAAUCUACUGCAGACGACGACUCCGAACAAUACGCCCGCCAGAAAUUCGGCACCCAAAAAUCCAUAUCGUCCGACGAAUUCUUCGGCCGCAACUCCUUCGACCCGAACGCGCAGGCCGAAGCCAAAACACGUCUGCAGGGGUUCGAGGGCGCCACGAGCAUUUCGUCAAACGCCUAUUUCGGCCGUCCCGAAGACGACAUGACUGGUCUCGAGUCAGGCGAUUACGGCGACCUCGAGACCGUCGCGAAAGAUUUCGUCCGUCGUCUAGGCUUGACUGCCGGUGACGAUUUGGAGAACCUUAUCAAUGUCGCUGGUGAAGGUGGUCGAAAGCUGAGGGGGGCUGUCGCGAGGUACUUGAACAGCUGA